AUGGCUGGUUUGGAUUUAGGCUUCGUCCAAAGUCUCCACAGACCAGACUUCAACCAACAGCAGCACGAACCCGAGGAAGAUGCCAAACAGUCGGACCCCUUUUCGACCGAGGAUGGCCCCCACCACGCCAGCCCAGGCGACGUGGUUGGGCGGCGGCCGAGGGGGCGGCCUCCGGGGUCCAAGAACAAGGCGAAGCCGCCGGUGAUCAUCACCAGGGAGAGCGCCAACACGCUUCGUGCGCACAUCCUCGAGGUCGGCAGCGGCUGCGAUGUGUUCGACAGCGUCGCCAGCUACGCGCGGCGGCGGCAGCGCGGGAUCUGUAUUUUGAGCGGCAGCGGCACCGUGACGAAUGUGAGCCUGCGGCAGCCGGCGGCGGCGGGGGCUGUGGUGACUCUUCACGGGAGGUUUGAGAUACUGUCGCUGACGGGAUCGUUCCUUCCUCCGCCGGCUCCUCCCGGGGCGACGAGUCUGAGCGUAUACCUUGCCGGAGGACAGGGGCAGGUGGUGGGUGGGAGUGUGGUGGGAGAGUUGACCGCGGCGGGACCGGUGAUUGUGAUCGCAGCGUCGUUCACCAACGUGGCUUAUGAACGUUUGCCGCUGGAAGAAGAAGAAGAACAGGUUCAGAUAUCUGGUGGUGCUGGUAUGGGAAAUACCAGUAACAAUAAUAUUAAUAACCCUUUUCCUGAUCCUUCUUCAGGACUCCCUUUCUUCAAUUUGCCCAUGAAUGUUCAGUUGCCGGUGGAUGGUUGGGCGGGAAACUCAACUUCACGUUCACCAUUUUGA